GUAUGUGUCUUAUCUUGUGUGCUAUCAAUAUGUUUGUAGAAGAGCAAUCUUUUUGAUAAUUUUUUUCCAAUUCGACGGUUUCUUUUCAGUUUUUGAUUGUUUCUAGUGCAUCAGAUGUUUGUGUGUUUACUACUCAGUGUAUAGUUUGACAGUGAUCAGUAUUUUCGUCUGCAAUUUGAAUAUACGUGUAUUGAUACAGAAAAUUGAUGAAUUGUCUUCCUAGUGAAAGAUAAAUCUUUUUUCUAGUGAGGAUAGAUCUAUUUUGAUUUUGUGACACCUUACAGUGAUUUUAAGAACACUGUCACAAAAUUGGGACUGUUUUCAAAGUUUUGUGACGGAAUACGGAUUGUUGAAACAGUUUUGUGACAAUAUACGGAUUGUUUUUGAAGUUGAGUGACGAUAUUGUAGUUGUUUUCGUUUGAGAUAAUGUCAUCCUCACAAUACGGAACUAUUUUACGUAACAUUGAAAGGGGAAAACGUGCCUUCGUCAAUGGAUUAAGCUUCAACAACCAGGAUGACAAUGAUGAGGAAUAUGUUAUAUUUGAGCGACCACGUGUUAAAGCAUGGAUUGGCACCCGACACAAGGUGACGUUUCUGCUGUUCCUGGGCAUGGCCAAUGCCUACAUAAUGCGGACAAAUAUGUCGGUGGCAGUGGUGGCGAUGGUGAACCAGACGGCGCUACCCAAGGACGAGGGCGUCGACGUGGAUGACGAGUGCGGCGUCAAUAGUUACUACACCACUAACAAUCACACCGAAGCUCAUAAAGACGGUCAAUUCAUCUGGGACACUACGCAGCAGGGAUUUCUCCUCAGUUCGUUCUUCUAUGGCUACGUCAUCACUCAGAUCCCGUUCGGAAUUCUGUCGAAAAAGUACGGCGCCAAAUACUUCCUGGGGGUAGGAAUGCUCAUCAAUUCCGUUUUUGGCCUUCUUGUUCCGGUUUCUGCCAACAUGGGUUUCAUGUGGUUGGUGGCUGUGCGAUUUAUACAGGGUUUGGGAGAGGGUCCGAUCGUGCCUUGCACCCAUGCCAUGCUAGCAAAAUGGAUUCCACCCAAUGAAAGAAGUAGAAUGGGCGCUUUUGUGUAUGCAGGGGCCCAGUUUGGCACAGUCAUUUCGAUGCCUUUGAGUGGUAUUUUGUCGGAGCACGGCUUUGCCGGAGGCUGGCCCUCCAUUUUCUACGUGUUCGGAGUGAUCGGCGCGAUUUGGUCGGUUGCGUUCCUGAUCUGGGUGCACGAGGACCCCGAAUCUCAUCCUACAAUCGCCGAGGAUGAGAAGAAGUACAUCAUCAGUUCUGUGUGGGGAUCGGCGGGAGUUUCGUCACCACCAGUACCGUGGAAAUCCAUCCUCAAGUCGCUUCCAUUCUGGGCGAUCUUGAUUGCUCAUAUGGGUCAGAACUACGGUUAUGAGACACUCAUGACUGAACUGCCCACAUUCAUGAAGCAGGUGUUGCACUUCAACAUCAAGGAGAACGGUCUGCUAUCCUCGUUCCCCUACCUGGCGAUGUGGCUGUUCUCAAUGGCAGCCAGCUACGUCGCUGAUUGGAUGAUAUCGUCCGGUCGCUACACCCACACCACUACCAGGAAGUUUGUCAACGCUAUUGGCCAGUACGGUCCAGCAAUAGCAUUGAUCGCCGCCUCCUACACAGGCUGCAACCCUUACCUGACAGUUGCCAUCCUGACCGUGGGAGUGGGUCUCAACGGAGGCAUCUACUCCGGCUUCAAGGUCAACCACCUUGACAUCUCACCCAGGUUCGCUGGUAUCCUAAUGUCGUUCACCAACUGCCUCGCCAACCUGGCCGGCUUACUGGCACCUAUUACGGCUGGCUAUAUCAUACAUGGCAAGCCGACCCAAGCAGCCUGGCGUAAGGUGUUCUUUAUCUCGGCUGGCGUGUACAUAUUGUGCAGCACCAUAUACCAGAUAUUCGGAUCCGGUGUGCGACAAGCCUGGGACAACCCGGACAACGACAAACGCCAGUCGGACAGCGGGCAGCGACAACACCGGACGGACAUCGAGGUGUCGGCGCUCGACCUAGUGCGUGAUGUCAAAUAGAGACUGUGACAAAGUGGGACAAUUGAGGAAGAUUGUGUGAUUGACAACUGUAACGGCUUCUCCAUACCUAGAGAUUGGCCCUCAAAUCACUGAAGACUAAUCUCUUACUAAACUAAGAGGCAAACACAGAAGAAGCAGCUCAGAGCAACAAAUUUCAUAUGUUUGGCCUUGAGGCUGCUCUUAAAAUCAGCAUUUAGACUUAGUCUGAUAAGUCUUAUCCAUCCAGACUGGAGGCCGAAAAUAUUAAAUUUGAUGUUAUGAGUUAUUAUUUCUGUGUUGUUCUCAUGGCUUGAUCCACACGUGAGAUAUCGACAGAUGCCUAUUGACAGAUCAAUGGACACCUAUUGAAAAAGAUGAAUGAAUCUAUGAAUAGAUUGUGAAAAAGAGUGUAAGUUUGCUGUGUACGUUUGAAAUUGAGAGUCGGAUUUUUGUCCUCAGAGUCUUUUGAAUAUUAAGUAUGAGUGUUAGGACGUUAUCUUGUGGUUCAAAACUAAGUUUCCUACAAUUUCUUGUGUGUUUUAAUAGUUAUUUGUGCAACUAGUGCGCAAAGUGCCACUUUGCUGCACCGAAAGAAACGUUUACGCCCGAGCCGUAGGCGAGGGCGGAAUGGUUUGUUGAGUGCAGCAGAGGAACUUUGCGCACGUAUUUCACAUUAAGUUUUUCCUACAGUUACCAUUGAAUAUGAAAAGUGGGUAAUUAUGGGUAAAAUUGCCUGAAAUGCAUCAAAUGUUUUUCUGUGUAAUUUUAUUAUUGAUGAAAACCUUAAUCCUAAAAUCCUAAAGUCCUCGUUGUCCUUGGUUAUAAUAUAUAAUGAAUAAUAAUUAGCGCGUUGUGCUUGGUUGCACCUCUGCUCACUAUAGCAGCCACAGCAGUCACUGUUACCAACUUCAUUUUGAUUUUGCUGCACUGUUGCUCCAUAUAACCUACUAAGUAUUUUGCGUUGCCAUGUUGCAAAUCUGGAGUGCAGAAAAAUUUUUCCCGCACUAGAGCGGAAAAGUGAUUCUUUGCGUUCUGUAAUCAGUGCAGCAAUGGCCCCUUUUCAACGUAACUGUAGGAAAAAGCUUUUUGUGUUUACAGUUUUAGUUAAAAUUUAGAAGACAACUAUUUAUAGACGCUAAUCAUGUCUGGAAAAUCCAAAUUUUAUCAUUUUUUGUACUCUAAAACUAAGUUUUGGACGGUUUUUGGAUCCUUAAAGUCAAUUUUUAACACUUUUUGUACUCCAAGAGCAAUUUUUAGACAUUUUAAUAUUUUCACAGUUAAUUUUUGACAGUUUUGUAUAUUUUAGUGUCUAGAAAGAUCGAUGCUUUAACACGUUUUUCAUCCAUUAACUGAACUUUAUGUCUUUUUUUACGUCUGUAAAUCAAUUUCGAGUCUUGAUAUUCAGUUUUAUACAUCUUAAAUUUUGGACAUGGAUUUCCGAACUCUGUGCCUGUUAAUAUAUUUUUUUGGAUACUUCUAGUGUCUGGUAUUCAAGUUUUUGACAUUUCUUCUUUCAAGAAACUUAGUUUUGGACAAACUUGUUUAUGUGUGUGAGUGUCAAGUCUAAGUUAUCCUAAGUACACGCUUUAAUUAGAGGGAAAACCAAGUACGCAAAUCUAGCUCCUAACUAGGGCAAUGAGAAGACUGGUGAGGAUUCGAAUAAAAAUGGUGUAAAUUUAUUUAUUUUUUAUUUAUCAACUCGAUUUUAAAGUGUAUCGGGUACUUGAGUUGUGACGAUUUUUUAUUCAUUUAAAUACAAUUUUAUUCCUCAUUUAAAUGAUUUUCAAGUGAUAGGUACUCAAAUUCGGAAGUCUACAAGAAUCAGAAAAAAAUGAACUCUCUUACACUGAUAAUAAAUACAUUCUGAUAACCUCUUAAGAGAAUAUAGCUUUAUUUAAUAGGGAAGAUCUAUUAUUUUCAUCAUGAUAUAAAAUUAUUUUGAUAUUAAUACCGUAAUAUUAUUGUUACUACCUACACAGUACUAUAAAUUGGUAAUAGAGACAUAUUUUGUUAAAUUGUGGAGUAAACUACCUACUGUGUUAAGUGAUAAGGACAAAAUUAUUCAAAUAAUGAUAUAUUUUGUAAAGGAUUUACAAGAAUAUACAUAUAUUAUUAGUAAUGAUAAGAGCGUUUAGGCUAUACAAGUAAAAUUGAAUCUACCUUUUUUUCAAUUGUACCAACAAUGAGUUAAGUGAUUGUACAAAUUAUAUCAAUAAUAAAUAGCAUUUAUUCAAGUGUCAUGUUUUAAACAAGUAUCAUGUUUUGAAUUGUAUCAACAGUGAGUUUACUGAUUUUAAAAUCUCAAAUCCUUGUAAUGUGAUGUAAAGAGCUUUCAACUAUCUGAUAUACUACUCAUUACAAUAUUCCAAAGCCUGAUAUUAUUUAUAAAAGCCAUAAUCCAUCAAAAUUAUCCAAUUUAGACUGUGAUCAAAAUUUAUGCAACGAUUAUUCAUUCAUCUAAUCACAUUCUUUAUUGAUUCAUACAAUAAGUACAUUAUCAAUAUGAUAGGGAGGAAAAAUAAGGUAACCGUGAGCUAUUCCUCUCCCAAAUUUAGAUAUUAGUCAACAUUAAUAAAUAAUGUUUACAUUAAGAACAUUAUAGAUAAAUGUUCCAUCUUGAUAAUGAAGAAUAAAUACACUUUGAAAUUCUUUAAUAAAAUGUAAAUAUCAAAAAUGCGGUGAUAUUAAGUGCAAAAUUUGUCUAUAAUUUGGUAUUUUAAUCAUUCUAAAUUGAAAAUUUCUAUCUAAUAUAUAUUAUUGGACAGAACAUUGAACUUUAAAUUUCCUCAGUGAGAACAUAACAUAUUUUUUCGGACAUUUCAUUAUUUAUCAAAAUUUGGGAACAGAAUAGUUUUGGGCUAUGCCUAUUGUUCUAUCCCGAUCAUAUUCAUAUGAUUUGUAAUUAUAUCAACGAAUAAAUAAAUAAAUACUGAAUACAGUCAUGGUUUUCCAAGUAAAUCUUUCUAUAGCACAAACCUUACACACAUUAGCAUGAAUUAACAGUUGAUUACAUUGUUGAAAUACUAUCUGGCAAAGUUACGGAUCGAGAAAAGAAUAGCGCUGUCUGAUUUGUCGAAUAAUAGACAAGGAUAGCAACACCAAUGUUAAUCAAAUAUAAUGCCAUUAUAACAAGGAUCUCACUAUAGGUCACGAUAAAGGCAGUGAUUCUAAUCUAUAACUCCGACUCUUAGUAGGCCUAUAAAUACAGUUGAAUCAAUAAUUUUUUAUGACAAUUGAAAAAAGUAUAAUCGAGAGAUAUUUGUGAGACUGUUACAUAAAUCAUCUUAGAUAUGUCUAUAAAAGAUACAUAUUAUUUGAUAAACAGGGUUAUAAUAGUGCAUUCAUUGUAAGGAUGACCAAAUUUAAAAAUGAAAAAGAAUAGCAUUGAUUUUUAUGUAAGUGGUCACACAUUAGUAGCUUGCAAGUGCGUGAACACUCCCAUAAGAAUCAAUGCUAUUCUCUUUCUGCCCAGUAGAGCAAGCUUCUACUAGCAAUCAGGGUUUAAGAGAAAGUGAAGCAGCUAUACUUACAUCCUCCUUAUCACAAUGAAGUGAUAUUUUAUAGAAAGGAUAUAAACUUAGCAUACGGACAUAGUAAACCAGGAUUUAAUCCGUUAAUUUCCACCAGGAAUUAAAACUCCCAAGUUACAUUCUUGUAGAACUCACUAAAGAAUAAAAUCUACAUCUUCUGAUUCAUCUCUACAGGGUAUCAGAAGUAGAAAUACUGUACCGUUUUGUAUUUAUUGUAAAAUAUAUUUCUAUCGCUUGUAACUAAUUUCAAUGAUAACUAUUUAUUUACCAGUUUGAGUGGAAUAGUUCGGAAGAAAGUGAAAUUUUCAAAAUGUUGGUAGUUAAGUAAGUGUUAAAAUGUGAUAUCUGGCCCGAAUUAGACGGUAAAUCAAAGUUGAUUAUUUCUAUUAUAAAAUUAAUGUAACUUAUAAAUUAUCAAACAUUUGAGAGUUUAAUUUCAUCAUAGAUAAAAUAUUACUCGAAUGAAAAUUGAACAUUUAAUAAUUAUUUGAGAUUUCAAAAAGUUAUCAUACCUGUAUAAUACACAAUAGUUAUAAUAAUAGGUCAUAGAUAUUUUUAUAUGAAAGUGUGUGAUGUUUGAAUAUUCCCCUAAUUUUUUUCUAUGAUAAUUUAUUGCUCACCAUAUAAUUUAACUUAACUAUCCAGAGUUUAAAAUUCAAACCAUGCAAAAGUUGAGAAAUUAUGGAUUCUCUCAAUACCAUAAUUAUUAUGAAGAAAAUUUAUUUUGUAUUUCAAAAACCUCUUGAUGUUAUUUUCUUUUAAAAUAGAUGAUUUGUAUAAUAUUUGUAUUUUAAAUACUGUUCAAAGAACUUCUGUGUUCUACAUAAUAGAGAAUACCAUACAUACUAUUUGGCCAACUUUUUAUAACUCAGCACAAUAUGUAAUAAAAGUAAACGUUUUUAUUUCAAAAUAAAAA